UUUAGUCGCAAUGAUAUUGAACAUCAGUAUCGCCUGCUCAAUCCUAACUACUGCACACAAAGCUGUCACUUAUUACGGAUCAUUAAUUGAUGAAUUUUAUGGGAGGCACGAUGCUGAUGGGAUCCUCAUCGUAUCGAGUACUAAUUAUCAUUCUUUUGGGAGCCUCACAUUCUGGCACGAGAUGUUGAUAAAACUGUCGAGUCGAGGAAGAACAACGGACCUCGUCUACUUCGGAGAAUUAACCCGAACCUUGGAGCAAUAUCGCAGGCAAAAUAUUCGUCCGCUGAUUGUACUUUUCGUCAGACACAUGGGGGAAGUGUAUUUUUUCGCGCGAUUGACCAAGACCCUGAGCUUUAGCAACAGCUUGUGGGUGAUUUUAUUCUCCGGCGAUAGUAGCGGAAAAGUUUGCAAAUUUUGUCGUCAACCAGAGGGCAAUCAGUUGAAUUUGAAAUUCAACUCGGAGGUUAUUGUCGCCUGCUGCGAGUCGACCAUCAUCCGGGAGUGGUGGAGCACUGGUAGUCGUACUCAUAUUGGAGAGCUUGGACAGUGGAUUAACGAGAGUCAUGGGAUCCAAUGGUUCUCCGACAAGUCUCUUUACGAACGAAGGACUUCUCUCGAUGGCCGACCUUUUCACCUUAAUAUUGUUCAGGGAUCGACUGAUAUCUGGCUGAAAAAUGGUGAACUUCAUGGAUAUUUGGCAAGCGUUGUCAAAGCCCUGUCUCAAUUCAUGAAUUUCACGAUUUCAUCUGUUACUGUUGCCCGUUCCUACGGCGGUUGGGAUGAGGAAUCUCUAGAAUGGACUGGUGUUCUUGGUAAUAUUCACCGGCAUGAAGCCGACAUGGGUGUAUCAUCAUUCAUAAUGACCAAUGAACGACGUGAAGUGGUUGACUUUACAAUUCCCACGGUGUAUGAAAAUUCCCGACUGUAUAUUCGACGACUUGGAGCGAAUCACGUACAAUGGAAUGCUUACAUUGAGGCGUUUGGAAUGGAUGUUUGGUUAGUGAUAAUAACGCUGAUCAUGACGACACCUCUUCUCCUGACGUUUAUGUCAUAUAAAGGACGACCCUUCGUCUAUCCUCUCAUCUUCGAGAAUUACCUGUCUGUUUGGGGGAUUUACUGUCAGCAGGGAGUGCCAAAAUUUCCUGAUGAAACGCCUCUGAGAAUCGUCUUCAUAUCGUUAUUCCUAUCGGCGUUGGUCAUCACCAUGGCCUACUCUGCUGCCCUCACCAGCUUCCUCGCAGUGAACGUAUCUCAUUUGCCGUUCAAUUCCAUGGAAGAAUUUGUUAAACUUGGAACCUAUAAAUUGAUCGCUAUAGACCAUACUGCAGAUUACACGUUGUUCAUGGAUUCCGAUGAAGCACUCCUGAAGAAAAUGGCUGCCUUGAUGCAACCGUCAAAGUUUUUACCUACAACUCAUCGCGAAGGAUUCCAAAAGGUUUGUCAAGAGAAAGUGGCAUUUCAUACCACUCACGAAAUUCGAGUAGGGUACACUAGCUCUUUCAUCCCUUGUGAAAUGGCCUGGCUAAAGACUCGAAAAAUUCAGGCAUCAGGAAUCAUCAUGCCAUAUGGAAGCGAGUACACGGAAUUUGUAAAUUACCAUCUGCAACGAUUUAAAUACAGUGGACUGCUUGAUCGAUGGAAACGAGAGUAUCAUUAUCGAAAAAAGGAUCUUCCCGAGAUCUAUCAUCCCUCGGUGCACCUCAAGGGCAUAACACCGAUGCUAGGUGUUUUGACAGCAGGAUUAUUGAUUGCUCUGAUUAUUCUCGUAAUAGAGCGGAUCUUUUAUCGUCACAGAAACCGGGUACAAGACGAGAAAAUACGAACAUCGGAGACGGGAGGGACGCAAGAUGUUGCUUUCCAUGUUCCUUUUCAUCGCCAGAGCUCCCUCACCUGGUCUCACGAUUCCAAUGAUUAUCACAAAAUUUAUAAUAGUUUUGAAAAUACACUAGGGUAGUCUACUUUCUACCCAAGAGAGUCUUUGGAUUUACCCAACUUAGAUUGUUCAAUCCUGGGAAUUCCGGAAAAAUCCGGCACUGGAAAAAUUCCUCUACUGCACAAUAAAGUUUUUAAUGUAUUCAAGAAUUAAUUAAGUUUUUCCGCAAUUAGUGUAGUAUCAGGAAGAAAUUAUCGAGAGAGAGACCUCAAAGGAAACAGACGCAUAAACAAUCGACGGAAAAAUUUAAGUUUAUAUUAAGUGUUUUGUAGAUCUAGUGUAGACAUAGUGUUUGAUAUUAAUUAUACGGAUUUCUUUGAUAAUAAACCAUUUUUA